GGUUGGACCAAACUAUUACCUUCCUAGACAAGAGGGAGAAGAGACUAACUGGUUUGCCGCCCUCUUCUCUGCGGUCCACGAUCUACCAUCAGCCACUGCUCGCAGUCGCAGAUGUAUCUCUCCUUUCUUAGUUUAGAGUUUUUGGUAGAUCUGUUUCUUCCCUUCUUAGCCUAGGUUUUGGGUUUACCUUUCUGGGUAUAGAUCAUUCUCCGCCUACCUUAGCCUCUUUAGGGCAACCUCGGUUUAAGUGCCUAAAGGAUUUCUUUCUUUCAGAGAUAAUUGAAUACUGAUUUGAGUUGCAAAGGCUUGGGAUCUUUUGGUUUGAGCUACUUUGCGGAUCGGGUGUUGAUCAGCUUUCUGGCAGACUUGGAAAGACAAAGCAUGCUGAGUUAGAGAGUGAAAAUCCUUGUAGUAGAUAGAUUAACAUUAAGCAGAAAAAGAUGGCAUUGAGGCGUUUUUUUGGGCUUUCUGAUGGGGACCUGAUGAGGUCAGAUGCAAAGCCAUGUUCAAGAUUAAUGAGGCACACAGCGGGAGUUUUCUCUGUAGGUGGAGGGCUGGCUUUUUGGGUUCUUUGUCGAUUGCAUUAUGGUCCAAGGAUAACGGUUCCGAGGAGUCUCAGGUGGGCUGCUUGUGGAGCUGUAUCUGUGAGCUCAACCACUGCUUUACUGGUUCGCCUUUUUAGUCCUGAAUGUGAACCCCAAAACAUUGCAGCUUUUGACAAAGGAAAAUGAAUUUCAAUGGUCUGAGAUUUGGAGCUUCAUAUGUCAAAUUAGUUUUCAUUGCUCUCUUCUUGCAAGAGUAGGUUAUUGUAAAAGUAAUUCACAGGAGACCUCAUCAUGGUAUUAUCUUCCAAUGUGGUAAAUCACUGACUUUGUUCUUUUUCCCAAAAUUGAUCCUUUCUUAUUACAAGUUAAACUUGGUGACAUCUUUGGAAAAAAUAAAAAUCCAAUAAAAUUCAUAUUGAUAUUUGCUUUAA